GUAGGAAAAACUCUUGUGUUUUGACCCAUAUAGAAGGGAAAGGCAGGCGGACGAAAAUAAUGCGCUGGACCUAUCGGUUGUUGGGGAAGGAAGCGACUUCUUAGACACUGAGUCACUGCUGAAGCGUCCGGAGCCAGGCCUUUCUUCCCUUGACCGCCCUGGCUGUCUUGGAGACUCAACUGAGCAUGUAGACUGGGGAUCGACUUUAUAGUUGAGAUGGAAAAGGAGGUUUAGCACUUGUAGAAUAGGCGAUCGGUUGGGGUGUGAAUAGUGCUGCCAUUUGAUGAUGUGAGGUUUCUUAACUGGCGCAACAAAGACUGGCUGAUUGGAAUACUUCCCGAUUGUAUUCAUAUGAUGGAUGAGUAGAUUAACUACAAUACAAGUGCUGCGUUGAGGCAUCUCAAAGGGAAGAAAGCAAUGUCAUCAGUCAGAGUCCAGAAUCCGCAUGGUCUAAAACAAAUUGGUUUGGACCAGAUCUGGGAUGAUCUCCGAGCUGGAAUUCAGCUGGUUUAUACUAGACAGAGCAUGGCAAGGUCUAGAUACAUGGAACUCUAUACACAUGUUUAUAACUACUGUACCAGUGUUCACCAGUCUAAUCAAGCACGAGGUGCUGGAGUGCCUCCAUCAAAGUCCAAAAAAAGUCAGACCCCAGGAGGAGCUCAGUUUGUGGGCUUGGAACUGUAUAAACGGCUUAAAGAUUUUCUGAAGAAUUACCUAACCAGUCUACUUAAGGAUGGAGAAGACUUGAUGGAUGAGAGUGUACUGAAAUUCUACACACAGCAGUGGGAAGAUUACAGGUUUUCAAGCAAAGUGUUGAAUGGAAUUUGUGCCUACCUCAACAGACACUGGGUUCGUCGUGAAUGUGAUGAGGGUCGCAAAGGAAUCUAUGAAAUUUAUUCACUUGCCCUGGUGACGUGGCGAGAGUGCUUGUUUAAGCCAUUAAACAAACAGGUAACAAAUGCUGUGCUGAAACUAAUUGAAAAGGAAAGAAAUGGUGAAACCAUCAAUACCAGGCUCAUCAGUGGAGUGGUGCAGUCUUACGUUGAACUAGGACUUAAUGAAGAUGAUGCUUUCGCAAAGGGCCCCACGUUAACAGUGUAUAAAGAAUCAUUUGAAUCCCAGUUUUUAGCAGACACUGAGAGGUUUUACACAAGAGAAAGCACAGAGUUCCUCCAACAAAAUCCAGUUACUGAAUACAUGAAAAAGGCAGAAGCUCGGUUACUGGAAGAGCAGAGACGUGUACAGGUUUAUCUUCAUGAAAGCACACAAGAUGAACUUGCCCGAAAGUGUGAACAGGUCCUUAUUGAAAAACACCUAGAAAUUUUCCACACUGAGUUCCAGAAUUUACUGGAUGCUGAUAAAAAUGAAGACUUGGGAAGAAUGUACAAUCUUGUUUCACGCAUUCAGGAUGGCCUUGGAGAGCUGAAAAAACUUCUAGAAACUCAUAUUCAUAAUCAAGGUUUAGCUGCUAUUGAAAAGUGUGGAGAAGCUGCUUUAAAUGAUCCUAAAAUGUAUGUACAGACUAUUUUAGAUGUUCAUAAAAAGUAUAAUGCACUAGUAAUGUCUGCAUUCAACAAUGAUGCCGGUUUUGUAGCUGCAUUGGAUAAGGCCUGUGGUCGUUUCAUAAAUAAUAAUGCAGUGACAAGAAUGGCUCAAUCGUCCAGCAAAUCUCCUGAAUUGUUGGCGCGAUAUUGUGACUCUCUACUGAAAAAGAGUUCAAAGAAUCCAGAAGAAGCAGAGCUAGAAGACACACUUAAUCAAGUGAUGGUGGUAUUUAAGUAUAUUGAAGAUAAAGAUGUCUUUCAAAAGUUUUAUGCUAAGAUGUUAGCAAAGAGAUUAGUUCACCAAAACAGUGCCAGUGAUGAUGCAGAAGCAAGCAUGAUCUCAAAGCUUAAACAAGCUUGUGGGUUUGAGUACACUUCCAAACUUCAGAGGAUGUUCCAGGAUAUUGGUGUCAGCAAGGACUUGAAUGAACAGUUCAAAAAACAUUUGAGUAACUCAGAGCCAUUAGACUUGGAUUUUAGCAUUCAAGUUCUCAGUUCUGGAUCCUGGCCAUUUCAGCAGUCAUGCACAUUUGCACUCCCGUCUGAGCUUGAACGGAGUUAUCAACGAUUUACAGCCUUUUAUGCAAGUCGCCAUAGUGGGAGGAAAUUGACCUGGUUGUAUCAGUUAUCCAAAGGAGAGCUGGUUACUAACUGUUUUAAGAACAGAUACACUUUACAGGCAUCUACAUUCCAGAUGGCCAUUUUGUUACAGUACAACACAGAAGAUGCCUACACUGUACAGCAGUUAACAGAUAGUACACAGAUAAAAAUGGACAUCUUGGUGCAAGUUUUACAAAUCCUAUUAAAAUCCAAAUUAUUGGUCUUAGAGGAUGAAAAUGCAAAUAUCGAUGAAGUGGAGUUGAAGCCUGACACGUUAAUAAAACUUUAUCUUGGUUACAAAAACAAAAAGUUGAGGGUCAACAUCAAUGUGCCAAUGAAGACUGAACAGAAGCAGGAGCAGGAAACUACACAUAAGAAUAUAGAAGAAGAUAGAAAACUAUUGAUUCAGGCUGCCAUUGUGAGAAUAAUGAAGAUGAGGAAAGUUCUAAAGCACCAGCAGUUACUCGCUGAAGUACUUAAUCAGCUUUCAUCUAGAUUCAAGCCUAGAGUGCCAGUUAUAAAGAAAUGCAUUGACAUAUUGAUAGAGAAGGAAUACCUAGAGCGCGUGGACGGAGAAAAAGAUACUUACAGCUACUUGGCUUAAUAACUGACACUUCAAAGUGAUGAACUGAAUCCCUAAGCCACUCAGACAGAAAGGAUUAAUUACGAGAAGAUAUGAUUUGCCACUGAGACAGAAAGGUUUAACUGUAAGAAGAUACAAAUUUAUUGAAUGCCAUACCAGUCGGUCUGUUGCCUUCAGGACUUCUAAGUAUGAGUUCGGGUCUCCAUCAGAUGUUUUUUUUUUAAUUCACGUUAGAAUUGCUGCUCAGGAUUGACGAAUUUUGCCAUGUAUAUAUAUAGACAGAGUCUUAUUCUAAUCUAAAAAGAGAAAUCUAUGAAUGAAAUCAAGCCCUGGGGGUUGCAUGCUACUGCCUAUCUGCGUUUUAAAACAGCACACUGCCUAAAUGGUAGAACUGUUGCCUCCACAAGUAUCAGAAUAAAACAACAAAGAAAAUUAAUUUAUGGAUGCAAUGCUGGCAGCACUUUCAGAAAGCAUAUAAUGAAAUGAAUUGACAGAGAAAAUGUGUACUCUAUGUCAGGAAGACCAUUUGUAUAGUGUGGUGCAUUUUUUUAAAUGUGUGAAAAAAUAAAAGAAAUUAAAAAAGA